UUAAGGUUUUUCUGUAUAUAAAGCAAUCUCUAGAAUCCAGAGUUUGCAGAGUCUUGAGAAAUUGACACCUGGAAUAACAGUAAAACAUAAUUCUAUUAUGAAAUUUACCGUCGUGAUUGUUCUCGGCAUCUUAGCCACGGCUUUAGCCCAAGAUUUCAAUGGACACAGGGUGAGACGUCAAGGAGGAGGCUUUGGCAGUUUCCGUCCUUCCCUGGGUGGCAGCGCUUACAAUAAUUACAACGGGGGUGAAUUUGGGGCUGGAGGAGGCUACAAUCAAGGGGGCGGAGGUUUUGGAAAUGGUGGAGGUUACAAUUCUGGCGGUGGUUUUGGUGGGGGCUACAAUCAAGGGGGAGGAGGUUUUGGAAAUGGUGGAGGUUACAAUUCUGGCGGUGGUUUUGGUGGUGGUGGUUACAAUCAAGGGAGUGGUGGAUUCGGUAAUGGUGGGGGUUACAAUCAGGGAGGAGGUGGAUUUGGAGGAGGUAGCGGUUAUCAAGGGGGUGGAUUCAACCAAGGAGGAGGAGGAAGUGGGAUCGGAUAUGGACGUUAAGCCAACUUUUGCAACGUUAUUGGAAGAAAAUAAAAAUCUGCAAAGACAAAUAUCUAUUUUCUGUUUAUUUAUGUUUCUACUUAACGAAUGUUUCAAUUCUCAUUUGUUAAGAACAUUUCUCAUGUGUUACAAUCAUGUUCGCUUUAAUAUGUUGUAAUGUAAGCAUAAAAUGUAAUAAGUAUGCUUAUGUUAGCGCGUGAUAUUGGUAAAACA